AUGAAAGAAGACAAAACAGCAGCAAUUGCAAACAGCAGCAGCAGCAGCAGCAGCCGCAGCAGUAGCGGUAGCAGCAGCAGGGGUAGCAGCAGCGGCGGUAGCAGCAGCAGCAGUAGCAGCAGCAGCGGUAGCAGCAGCAGCAGUAGCAGCGGUAGCAGCAGCAGGGGUAGCAGCAGCGGCGGUAGCAGCAGCAGCAGUAGCAGCAGUAGCAGCGGUAGCAGUAGCAGCGGUAGCAGCAGCAGCGGUAGCAGCAGCAGCGGUAGCAGCAGCAACGGUAGCAGCAGCAGCGGUAGCAGCAGCAGCAGUAGCAGCAGCAGCGGUAGCAGCAGCAGCAGCUGCACGGAUAGCUACAAAAGUCAAGGGAAGACCCCCCGAAGCUGCAGCACGGCGCCGCAGCUUCGCGUAGAAAGAAGACAGUUUGCUGCUGAGGGCGGGAAGGGAGCAGUCAAAUGUGGGGUGGCAGUAGGCCCUGCAGCAGCAGCAGCAGCAGCAGCAGCAGCAGCAGCAGAAGGGGACCUUAGUGCGCUCCAUUUGCUGCUGCGGCAGCUGCUGCAGCAAAGAGACUGUGGGGUGGUGCAGCUGGUGGUUGCUCAGCACAUACUGGGCCAGCGCAAAGUCCUCGUCCGCGUCAGGCUGCAGCAGCAGCAGCAGCAGCAGCAGCAGCAGCAGCAGCAAGGGGCAGAGGCAUUAGAAGCAGCAGGAGGCAGCAGCAGGAGGAAACAGCAGCAGCAGCAAGGGGCAGGGGCAUCAGAAGCAGCAGGAGAAAGCAGCAGCAGCAGCAAGAGACAGUUGCGGCAGAAGCAGCAGGAGAAAGCAGCAGCAGCAGCAAGAGUUUGCAGCAGCAGAGGCAGCAGCAGCAGCAGCAGCAGCAGCAGCAGCAAGGGCAAAACGACGAAAAUCAGCUAA